CGGGUGAACAGCUGUACCUAGGGCGGAAGUGCUUGCGGCGGAAGUGAGAGCUCCGCUAAGCGUGGGCGGGAUGGCAACGCUACAACGCUUUCUAAGUCGGCUUCGAACACCCUUAAGUUCUAUGGCCCAGAAGUCACUCGAGGGCGCGCCCUUCUCCAGGGGCCUGCACGCGGGGCGCGAGCCCCGAAGGCUCUCCAUCGAAGGCAACAUUGCUGUGGGAAAGUCUACCUUUGUGAAGUUACUCACGAAAACUUACCCAGAGUGGCACAUAGCUACAGAGCCUGUAGCAACAUGGCAGAAUAUCCAGGCUGCUGGCACCCAAAAAGGCCAAACUACCCAAAGCUUGGGAAACUUGCUGGACAUGAUGUACCAGGAGCCAGCACGGUGGUCCUACACAUUCCAGACCUGUUCCUUUAUGAGCCGCCUGAAAGUACAGCUGGAGCCCUUCCCUGAGAAAGCCUUACAGGCCAAGAAGCCCGUGCAGAUCUUUGAGAGGUCUGUGUAUAGUGACAGGUACAUCUUUGCAAAGAAUCUUUUUGAAAAUGGUUCCCUCAGUGAUGUCGAAUGGCAUAUCUAUCAGGACUGGCAUUCUUUUCUCCUACGGGAGUUUGCCAGCCGGCUCUCCCUACAUGGCUUCAUCUACCUACGGGCUGCUCCCCAGGUUUGUUUGAAGAGAUUGAACCAGAGAGCCAGGAAGGAAGAGAAGGGAAUUGAGCUGGCCUAUCUUGAGCAGCUUCAUGGUCAGCAUGAAUCCUGGCUUGUUCACAAGACAACGAAGCUCCACUUUGAGGCUCUGCUGAACAUCCCAGUGCUGGUGUUGGAUGUCAGUGAUGACUUUGCUGAAGAAGUAACCAAACAGGAAGAACUCAUCAGAAAAGUAAACACCUUUGUGAAGAACCUGUAACCAGUACUAGGAUGUUCUAGUGCCGAUCAGGGCUCUUUGCUUUCUGCAACUCGAAAUGUUGAGUAUUCCACCCACCUUCCCAUCCCCUUCAUUUCCUUAAAGUACUCUGACGCUCAGGGGUGUAGUUCCUGCUCUCUUCAGACUUUGCUGUUCUCUUUUUUAUAUUAUGUAUGUCAAGGACUUUGAAAAUAAAGCUGUCUUAAAUUUUCCUCA